AUGGGCGGCCCGAGAGGCGGAAAACAGAUUGCAGUUCUGCGGUGGGCAGGGAUGCGCGUAGUUGGGAGCUUGGCUCGUACGUGCGUUGAUGAGCUGGGAAAAAGGAAAGCGGGCUGUAAAGAGAUGGCAUUUCUCGAUGACGCACAGUUAUUUUACAUAGUCAGGCGUUGGCUCACUGAACAAAGAGCUCAGUGCCCUCAUUGUAGAGCCCCGCUGCAGCUACGGGAGCUCGUCAACUGUCGUUGGGCGGAAGAGGUCACACAACAGCUUGAUACGCUUCAACUGUGCAACCUCACAAAGCAUGAAGAAAAUGAAAAAGACAAGUGUGAAAAUCAUCACGAAAAGCUUAGUGUUUUCUGCUGGACCUGUAAAAAGUGUAUCUGCCACCAGUGUGCUCUCUGGGGAGGAAUGCAUGGAGGACAUACUUUUAAGCCACUGGCAGAAAUCUACGAGCAACAUGUCACUAAAGUUAAUGAAGAAGUGGCAAAGCUUAGGAGAAGACUCAUGGAAUUGAUUAGUUUGGUGCAAGAAGUGGAGAGGAAUGUGGAGGCAGUGCGUAGUGCAAAGGAUGAACGAGUCCGGGAAAUCCGGAAUGCAGUGGAGAUGAUGAUUGCCCGCUUAGACGCUCAGCUGAAGAAUAAGCUUAUAACGCUGAUGGGUCAAAAGACAUCACUUACUCAAGAAACUGAACUUCUGGAAUCCCUGCUUCAAGAAGUGGAACACCAGUUACGAUCGUGUAGUAAGAGCGAGUUGAUAUCCAAAAGUUCAGAGAUCCUGAUGAUGUUCCAGCAGGUUCAUCGGAAGCCUAUGGCUUCAUUUGUCACCACUCCUGUCCCUCCAGACUUCACAAG